AUGAGGAAUUUUCUUAUGAAUGGAAUUUGCAAGGUUUUUGGAGUGAAAAGAAGUAGGAACGAUGACGUGGAAAAUAAUUCUUCCAAAGUGAUUGAAGAAAACGAAAUGCAAACUACAGAACAACCCACUGUUGAAGAAGUUGAAGCACAUGGUAAGCUUUUAUCACAGAAAACAUACAAAUCAAUAAAAAAUAAUAAUUCUGAGUCAGCAUGGGAAGAGAUAAAGAAAGAAGAUAAAAUUUUUGAGCAGAAGAGCCCUAAGGGAAACACGAUGCUGCACAUAGCAGCUCUCUAUAAAAAUGAUAACCUUGUGAGAAGGGUAGUUAUGAUUCGUCCAGACCUUUUGGAUGAAAGGAACGAUGAUGGUGAUACACCACUGCAUCUUGCUGCAAGAGCUGGUCAUGUCUCCACUCUUGGUAUACUGUUUCCUGCACUUCUCCUUAAAUUUAGAUGUCACUCAUCUUCUAAACUGGCUUUGGAUGAAAUCCUAGUAAGAAAUCUGCAAGGAAAUACUUUCUUUCAUGAGGCCUUACUAAAUGGUCACAAAGAUGUAAUGAACAUAUUGGCUUCUCCACAAGAACGAGAGAUUGAAGGUGGCUUCAUGGAAUUGGUUGAGGAAACUGUGUAUGGUUGGACAGAAGAAGGGCAACACAAAUCAGUUUUGUGCACGGCAAUUGAGAAAGGGUUCAAGGACAUUGUUGAUCGAGCCUUGAACAAAAUUAUUCCGAACAGAGAUUUUGGAGUUGGUCUUGGUGAUCAUGGUAUUCUAAAGGAAAUAGUAAAGGUAAAAAGAUGGAUUCAUUUGAAGGAUGAUAAGGGAAGGAAUGCUCUUCACUAUGCAGCAGCUAUAGGUUACCUCCAUGGUGUGGAGUGCUUGCUUCAAAAUUGUGAUUCCUGCGAUAUGGAAAAAGACAACGAUGGCCUUUUUCCUCUUCAUCUGGCUUCUGCAGGUGGACAUGUUAAAGUGAUAAAGAAAUUGCUAGAGAAGUGUUUAGAUCCCAGAGAAAUAGUUGAUAAAUAUGGUCGAAAUAUUGUUCACAUUGCAGCUCAAAUGGGACAGUAUAAUGUGAUAGACUACAUCUUGAAAGAUGCAAAUGGUGUUUUAGAUCUGAUAAACGACAAGGAUAAGGAUGGAAACACUCCCUUACAUUUGGCUGCCUCGCACUGCCAUCCAAAAAUUGUGCAAGCCUUGACAUGGGACAAAAGAGUGGCUCUGGAUUUGCUUAACAAAAGAAAUCAAUCAGCUCUUGAUGCUUUUGAGCAAUUUGAACAAGAAAAUCCGUCCUUCCCAGAGGCAAGUAUUUAUAGACGGUUAACAUGGUCUCAAUUAAUAUCUGCUGGUGUACAAAAUGCUAAGACAGGGUCACAGUCUAUCAAGGUCCCUUCCCCUUACCAUUCCUCAAGAUCAGAAGCCACAGAGAUGGAUCUUUAUAAAGACAGAAUCAAUACCCUUAUAGUGGUUUCAACCCUUAUUUUUACAGUAGCAUUUGCCGCAGGUUUUACUUUGCCUGGUGGAACUAAUAGUUCUACUCCAGGACAAGGCAUGGCUGUUAUGCUGCAUCACGUGUGGUUCAAACCAUAUAUUUUCUGCGUCACAACAUCCAUGUACGGUGGCAUUAGUGUUGCAAUUAUACUCAUGUGGGCUCAAUUGGGAGAUAUAACUUUGGCUGUUUUUGCCCUUAAAGUGGCAAGGCCGCUUUUAGGAGUCUGUCUUUCAACCCUGUCAGUGGCAUUCAUGGCUGGUAUCCACCUUGUUAUAAGUGAUCUCAGUUGGCUGGCUACUACUAUUCUGAUUUUGUGUGUGAUCUUCAUUCUCCUGCUUAUGUUACUGUACACUCUUCUGUGGUUCCCCUCGUACUCAACCAACCCAAUAAUGCGACGCCUUUCCUUCUAUCCAUUUCAGUUUCUGACGUGGUUAUUUGAAAAAGAUUAA